AGAUGGACUUCCUCCGAGGUCCACAGACAAUGACAAUAAACCGAGAGGUGGAAGCCACUCACAGCUUCAUGAAGGUCAGCCUGCUUACAGCUCUGCUUCUGGUUUCAGGUACAACUGAGCUACAACCAGACCGGGCAGAACAGCUAGUGGCUGUCGGUGGAGAUAUCAUGGUGAGCUGUCGCUACGACAGAAGGAUGUUUGUGUUUAACAAGAAGUACUGGUGCCAGGGAGAGUCUCGACAUAACUGCGUGAUCCUGAUCAGCACAGAAGGUCAAACGCAAGUGAAGCAAGGAAGGUUCUCUGCCUUGGAUAACAGACAAGGUCUCUUCUUGGUGAGGAUGGAGCAGAUCAUCCUAUCAGACGCAGGAGUGUAUUGGUGUGCCAUUGACAAGAUGUAUGCCGACAUCAUGUCUGCAGUUCGAGUAACGGUGCAAGAGCCCGUGUCAGAGCCCACUCUUAUGUUCCUUGACUCCCCCAACAUCUCCUGCCUGGGGCUGCCUGUUAGGAUCAGCUGCAGUUCUGCUCGAGGCUCCAAGGUUGAGUAUCGGUGGCACAAGCACAACACUCACAUGGACAGCGCCCAUGAGGGCUCCCCCACUUUCACUCUGCAGUGCCCUCACAUGCAGGACUCCCAGGCGUUUGUCUGCUCAUCCUUUAACAGUGUCAGCCGAAAAACCAGCAAGCCAGUCACGACGCAGCUGUUGCCACCGGCACAGGGGGUCUGCACCUUCCAUGUGACUCUCCCUGUGACUUCCAGUAAUUCAUGUGAUUUGUCCGCAGGAGGGGAUUACUACCAAUGUCCCAUUCUGGAAGUUACAACCACUCCACUUGUGAAGACAGUAGAGUCCAUGAGGAGCCAGGCUGUGGUGACGCUGGGUACUGGAGAUACUGAGGAUGCCAUGAACGUCUCAGUCAGGUGUGCCUUUUGGGCUUAA